AUGUGUAGGACCGAUUCUAGCAUUGAGCUGGGUUCGGGAGUCUUGCAUUUCGACAGUAAGGAGAUCCCCGAUCCUCCGUACAUUUCGUUUGCCAAGGAUUUGGACAAGCUGGAUCGCAUGUGGGAUGAUCAUUCACCAUCAUGGGAUAACUCAUCCCCGCUCAUCCUUCGCGAAACGAGCAUCGCACUCAUUCACUGGCCCAAGGUAUAUCACUAUCGUCAAGACAAAUGCUGGGCUGGCAUCAAGCAGCACUGGUCAACUUGGAAGGUCCCCGCCUCUCCAUUCCUCGUUACAGAAUACAGACUCUUAACGCCGACUGGUUUCUGGCAGAAGUACAGCGAGGGCGGCAAGCGAUUGCCUGUCACGAAGAUAGCAGCGCUGCAGAGGAAGGCGCGCAAAGCCCAUGACGAGAAUUUAGUCGCCCAGGCAAAGGUAACUUUCGGUGACCGAUUCUCAGAUAUGUUUGCAUACCGCAAAGGUGGCGAAUCGACUCCAAGGGUCAUGACUAGUGCAUCAUCUAUCGCUUGA